GCAUCUCUCGGGACAACUGGCACAAGCGCCGCAAGACCGGGGGCAAGAGAAAGCCCUACCACAAGAAGCGGAAGUAUGAGCUGGGACGCCCCGCUGCCAACACUAAGAUUGGCCCCCGCCGCAUACACACAGUCCGAGUCCGGGGAGGCAAUAAGAAGUAUCGUGCCUUGAGACUAGACGUGGGGAAUUUCUCCUGGGGCUCUGAGUGUUGUACGCGCAAAACAAGGAUAAUCGAUGUUGUCUACAACGCAUCCAACAACGAACUGGUCCGCACCAAGACCCUGGUGAAGAACUGUAUUGUGCUCAUUGACAGCACACCGUACCGACAGUGGUACGAGUCCCACUAUGCACUGCCCCUGGGACGCAAGAAGGGGGCCAAGCUGACGCCCGAGGAGGAAGAGAUUUUAAACAAAAAACGAUCAAAGAAAAUUCAGAAGAAGUAUGAUGAAAGGAAAAAGAAUGCCAAGAUCAGCAGUCUUCUGGAGGAGCAGUUCCAGCAGGGCAAGCUUCUUGCGUGCAUCGCUUCAAGACCAGGCCAGUGUGGCCGAGCGGAUGGCUACGUGCUAGAGGGCAAGGAGCUAGAGUUCUAUCUGAGGAAAAUCAAAGCCCGGAAAGGCAAAUAAAGCCUU